AUGAAUAAAGGCACUCGCAGCCAAAUAAAUUUAAGUAACCGAAAAAUACAAGACAUUCAAUGGCAGCCUACACCUCGAAAACAAAACAGAAAUAUAACUCUGACCCAUCACGAAACCACUGGUACAUUAUACGAUCUCUCACAACAAUCAAUCCAACUGCCACAACAAAAUACUAAUUUUCUUCAAUCAAUCAUGUCAGAGAACCAAGUAGAACAGGAUAUGAAACAAUUACUAGAACUCAAAGAAUACCAGAAAAUAAUAGAAGAAAAAUAUCUACAGAAAAUUCCGGUUUUAAAAGGCAUAGCAGAAGAGAAUCUAGAAGAAUGGUUUUAUGUUAUCGAACAAAUAUUUACAAAAUUACUUUACCCGCAAACCAACUGGAUAUGUACGGCAAUAUUGUUUUUGGACCCCUCAUUACGAAUGCAAUGGUACGAAACAAUAAAAGCACAAAUAAACUACAAUGAAUGGAGUACUUUCAAAGACCAGCUACAACAAUAUUUCGCAAACAAAUUCACAUUGCCAGAACAAGGAGCACAAAUAUCAAUAAUAUCAGAACCGAAAGAAAAUGUUGUCACUUGGCUAGAACAGGUAGAACAGCAAUUUGCAUUAGCGGAAUGGUCGAAUGAAACAAAAUUGAAAUAUGUUUCAAAUCAAUUGAAGGAAGAUGCAUUGGUAUGGUUUAACGAACAGAAAGAUAUGUUUACAUCAUGA